UACGUUACGGUAUUUAUCAAAACGAAAGUAACAAAAUGGCGGCCCCCAUCGAUUUAAACGCAGCAAAAAAUAAUUUAUCUGAUGCUCUUGGCAGUGACAUGAAAAGUUACCUGCAUCAUCUUAAGUCCUGGUUUAGACAAAAGAUUGCUAAAGAAGAGUUUGAUAUGGAGGCAAGGAAGCUUCUUAAAUCUGAAACAGUACAUCUACACAAUGAGUUCCUACUAGCAAUAUUUUCCAAGUGCCAUACAUUUACAUCUUCAAUAGGACCAAAGUCACCUCCUGGUCGAAGUCACUCAGGGCAUGGAAAAUUGCUCAAGAAAGGCAAAUUAAAAAGAAGGCCUCCCACUACCAGAAGUUCAUUCCAGCAAAGAUUUGUGCCAGUCAAUCCAAUGUCUUGUGCAGUGCAGGCCACUUACAAAGGUACAGAGGAAUCUAUAUUUGCUGGUCGAGAAUUAACAUUACCUGACAUAUCAAUGAUACAUGGUCGUCUGUUAGUAUGUGCCUGGGAAAUAGGCCUAGUCAGUGUAGAUGAUGCUGUCGUUAAAUUUCUGAUGCAGGCACUGGAGAUACAAUUAAAGAAUAUCAUCACACAAGUGUUAUGCCGUCGAAAUGGUUACAAAGUAAGAGAAGGGAAGUUUAGAUAUGCAAUAGGAACUCAAGUACCAAAUCCAUACACUCGCCAUAGCUUGAUGCUCCAUGACAGAACACUGGAAAGUGAAGCAACAAUAAUCUCAGAUGGUCAGCAUGUACCAAACAAGCGUCUGCCACAGGAUUGUAACGAGGGCUACAUGGCACAAAUACUCUCAGCAAAUACACAGGAACCUGUAGACAGGGAGCCAGUCACAUUAUAUAACCUUCUAGAAACACUUCAGACAUACAAGAACACUAUACCUUCUCAUUCAGUAUAUGCUCCAGCCAUUGAGAGAAUAAUACAUAAAUUAUGGCAUCCAAGUCACGAAGAGCUUGGUUAUUCAGUUACACAGGAAGUCUCCUCAGUGAACCAGAGUACUUCUUCAAGUCAACCAGUCAGAUAGUCUAGGUCACUAGAUACACUUUUUGAUUGUUGAAGAAAAAAUGGAAUAAAUGGGGGAAAGAAUUUCACAUCCUUGACUUCUGUUCAGAGGAUUUUUUAUCAAAAAUGCAAAGCUGUGGAUGUCAUGUUGAAAAAAAAUGAAUAAAAUAUAUGGCAACCUUGAUUUACUCAUUUGGAAUAGCAUUUGGCACAAAAGCAUUAACUUUUGAUAAUAGCAUGGUUCAAACCUUUUUGUGUGAAAGUCCCCUACCACCAAAAACAAGUGAUAUUAAACAUUGCCAAUUCACUUACAUGGAUGGAUCAAGCUCUUUUAAAUGUGAAGAAGCUUUUCAGCUAGCUUGCGGAAUGUUGGUGGUUCUACCCAGGUGUCUGUUUGUGCCUGAAAUGAUGCACGGAAGGGCACCAGAGGUCUUCCUCCACCAUUAAAGCUGGAAAGUUGCCAUAUGACCAACACCCUGUUUGUGUGACGUAAUACAAAACCAAAAGAAUUAAAGUAAACAAUCAAACAACUCAAGUAGCUUUAUUUUUAGAACUUGUGGUAUAAGCAUAGAUCCUUGACCUGUCUUAUUCUAAUUAUCAGAUUAGUGAAUACAAUUUAAAAUUUUCACAUCAUAUUUGUUAACAGAAUGGCACAUGUCAAUGUUUGUAGUUAAAUCUAUCGUUAUUCAAAUUAAAGGUCAGAGUAGGGAUCUAUCAGUCCUGUGAAAAGUGUUUAAGCCUGAAAACAAAUAGUUUUGGCAGUUCAUGAGGACUUCAGGCCAUGCUAAGAGUGUUAAUGAUAAAAUAUGUUGUUAUUUCUUUAGAAAAGUAAAGUUGUUUGCUGAUUACUGUUGAUAUAAUUACACACAGGUUUUGAAGGAAGUGUUUCAACAGUAAAAUAUUUACAGUGAAUUGUAUUAAAAGUACUUAUUUACAAGUAUAUACAUUUAUAUAUGUGUUGCAUGUUAUUGAUGGAAGAAUAUUGGAAUAAGUUUUAUAAUAAAGUAUGCAUAAAGAUUAAAA